UGUUUCGAUAAAUUUAAAAAUCCAAUUUAUUUUUUUAAAAAAUGUACAAUGAUAAUGAUAUUAAUUAUGUUAAAAAACAGAAAAUUGUUCAUUAUGGAAGUUUGGAAGAUUCUGUUCGUAUGUUGCAACAAACAAAUCAACAACAACAGCAACAACAACCCGGACCAUCAUCAUCAUCGAACAUAAAUACAUCGAAUCAAUAUUUUGAUCUUAAACCAGCACCAUUAUUAAAUAAUGAUCGACAAAAUGCAUUAGAAGAAUUGGAACGAAAACGUAGAGCACGACAGAUUGCCGUCUCUACUGAUGAUAUUGAAGUACGUGCUCAUCUUCGAAAUCUAAAUCAACCGAUAUGUUUGUUCGGUGAAGGACCGGCUGAUCGUCGUGAACGUCUUCGACAAUUAUUAGCAAGAUUAGGAGAAGAUGCUAUCAAAAAGAAUAAAGAAGAAGAUCGUAGCCAAGAGGAAAAAGAACCAAGCAAAACAUGGUAUCAUGUUGGAAGCGAAAAUUUAUUGAAAGCUCGUCAAUGGAUUGCAGAAUAUUCGAUACCGAAAGCAAAACAACGAUUAGAAGAAGCAAGAGUUUAUAAACAAAUUCCAUAUGAAGUUCGUGAAGCAAACAAUCAAGAAUUAUAUAAAAAAUUACGAUCAAUGGAGAUUAGCUGUUCACAAGUUGCUGAUCAACGACCAAUUUCAAGUUGUUCAUUCAGUCCGAAUGGUUCGAUGAUAGCAACAUCAUCAUGGAGUGGUCUAUGUAAAAUAUGGUCAAAGGAUGGAUUACAAUUAAAAUAUACACUUCGUGGACAUAAUUGUAAUGUUGAUGAAAUUGCCUUUCAUCCACGAUCGACAAUCGAUCAAUCAGAAGAGGCAGUAAAUUUAGCAUCAUGUAGUGUUGAUGGUUGUGUUCAUCUUUGGAAUCUCGGUCAAGAAGAACCAAUACAUUCAUUAAAUGGUCAUCAACCAUAUCGUGUUAGUAGUAUUGGUUUUCAUCCAUCCGGUAGAUUUCUUGCCACUUGUUGUUAUGAUAAUUCAUGGCGUUUAUGGGAUUUAGAUUAUAAUGAAGAAAUUCUACAUCAAGAAGGACAUUCAAAACCAGUACAUGAAAUUGAUUUUCAACUGGAUGGUAGUGUUGUUGCUACUGGUGGUCGUGAUGGUUUUGGCCGGAUAUGGGAUCUACGAACAGGACGUUGUAUAAUGUUUAUGGAUGGUCAUCUUAAAGGUAUUAUAUCGAUAUCAUUUUCACCAAAUGGUUAUCAAAUUGUAACCGGUAGUGAAGAUAAUAGUGUUAAAAUAUGGAAUCUACGUGAACGUAAAUUAGAAUAUACUAUUGCUGCACAUACAAAUAUUGUUUCAAAAGUACGUUUUGAACAUAAUAUUGGUAAUUAUAUAAUGACUGCAUCAUAUGAUAAUACAAUAAAAUUAUGGUCACAUCCAUCAUGGACACCAAUCAAAACGCUUAGUGGUCAUGAUGGUAAAGUAAUGUGCGUUGAUGUUUCAAAUGAUAAUAAUUAUCUAAUAUCUUGUUCAUUUGAUCGUACAUUUAAACUUUGGGAACAACAACAAAAUGUUUAAAAAUAUUUUCUAUAUAAAAAAAAACAUUACAUUUUAUUU